AUGAUGCAUGGUCCUUGUGGUAGUGAUAAUCCUAAAUGCCCAUGCAUGAUUGAUAACAAGUGUUCAAAAAACUUCCCAAAGACAUUCACAGAGCAUACUUCGGUUGAUGAAAAUGGUUAUCCAAUAUAUAGAAGACGUAAUGAUGGAUCUUUUGUUGAAAAGUCUGGUGUUAAGUUAAACAAUAGAAGUGUGGUUCCAUAUCACAAACUCCUUUUGAAAAGAUACCAAGUUCACAUUAAUGUUGAGUGGUGCAAUCACAGUGCUUCUAUCAAAUAUUUGUUAAAAUAUAUUAACAAGGGUCCUGAUCGGGCUACUAUUGAGGUUGUACAAAGCAACAACGCAGAUGAUAAUGAUGAUCCAGUUAAUGAAAUAAAAAACUACUAUGAUUUUAGAUAUUUUUCUACAUGUGAAGCUUCGUGGCGUAUAUUCGUAUUUGACGUUCAUUUUCGGACUCCUUCUGUUGUGAGGCUUACUUUUCAUCUUCCCGGACAACAAAAUGUUGUAUACGGUGUUGACGAUGAUAUUAAAGAUGUCCUCAAUAAACAGUCUCUUCUUCGAUGUUCUUAG